GUAAAGCGAUCAUGGUGGUGACCAGUGCCGCCAAAAGCUUUAAGCUUAUUAGGGACCCAUGGGUACUAAAUGAUAUACAUACAUUUUUUUGUGACAAAUUAUUCGUCUUUAUUUGUAUUAUACACUGAAAAAGAUAUAUUAAUGGAAUUAGCUUCUUAAUUUUAAUAAUUUGUAUUGUGCAUUACGAUUAUGUCAGAUUACUAAAAGUUUGUGUAAAUGCUAACGUGCCGAAGUCGCCAUUUUAGUAAUACAUUCAGAUUGCAAUAACUUCUGUUUCUAUUAUACGCUACUUAUUUACAAGUUUUACUGAAAUACAAGGAUAGCUUCUAGGAUUUUAUUUACUGUUUAACGUUGGUUAUGACUCAGCAAAAUAAAACAAUGAAUUUUUUAAUUCAUGAUGCGAAUGGUCAUCCACAGGUAAUCAAGGUUGUGCAGAGCACUCCGAAUAAACCACUGAGUAAUUUUGUUGGAACAACAAAUACUGGAAGUCUCAAAGUGUUUAAGACACCUGGACAAGAAUCACGUGUAUUGUCUUCAGGAACACAAGUUUUAAGAACUAUUAGUUUACAGAGCCCACAGGCAGCAGGUCAACGUCUUGUCACCAUACCAUUACAAAAUGCAAAAGUUUCAUCUGUCAAGCCAGGCGAUUCAGUGAUGACGAAAACUAUACAGCUUACUUCAGCUCAAAUGAGCGAUAUAAAACAUGCAAUAGCAACUCAGCAACAGCAACAAAGUAGCCAACAACAGGUUGUUAAAGAUUCAUCAGGAAAAACAUUUAUAAGUCCCAUUUUGGACCACAGUGGAACAAGAAAACGACACGAUAUCGAUAGUGCAGACUACGUGCCAGAUAAAAGACGAAAAACGGAGAAGGUUGGAAAAGGCUUAAGGCACUUUUCUAUGAAAGUGUGCGAAAAAGUAAAGAAAAAGGGAACUACAUCUUAUAAUGAGGUGGCAGACGAAUUAGUUGGAGAAUUCACUAAUCCUGCCCACGUAAAUUCAUUAACGGAUCAGCAAUAUGAUCAAAAAAAUAUCAGAAGAAGGGUUUAUGAUGCUUUAAAUGUUUUGAUGGCUAUGAAUAUUAUUUCUAAAGAAAAGAAAGAAAUUAGGUGGUUAGGAUUACCCACAAAUUCACUACAAGAAUGUGUGUCUUUAGAAAAAGAUAAAAAAAAGAAAAUUGAACGAAUUAAGGCUAAAACACAACAGUUGCAUCAACUUAUUUUGCAACAUAUUUCUUUCAAAAAUCUAGUUGAACGAAAUCGUUUGCAACAGCAUCUUAAUGGACCACCCAAACCUAAUUCUGCUAUUCAGUUGCCAUUUAUCAUAGUAAAUACAAGUAAAAAAACUGUAAUAGAUUGCUGCAUUAAUGAUGAAAAAACUGAGUACCUGUUUAACUUUAAUGAUAAAUUUGAAAUUCAUGAUGAUAUUGAAGUUCUCAAACGAAUGGGCUUAGCCUUUGGUUUAGAUAAAGGAGAGUGUUCACCAGAAGAUAUUCAAAAUGCUAAAUCAAUGGUUCCUAAAUCCUUAGAAAAAUAUGUCGAGCAAAUGGCAUGUGGAGAUCUAGAUCAAUUUAUUCCUGUGACAAUCCCUGGACCAAGUACUUCAAUUGACGAUCUUGAAAUCAAAUUAGAGGGAGCUUCCCGGCCUCCUUCAUCCUCUCAAACAUCAAUAUCUGAGGAUCCUUUAUCACCACCGUCACACUUUUAUUCAGAAGAAGAAGAUGAAGAAGAUGAGAGUGAACAAGAUGAACAAGCUGACAGUGAUCUUGAAAUUAACUAGCACCUCAAUCGAUCUUUGUAACAAUUAAUUAUGAUUUUUCUUACUUCAUAUUUCAAACUUUUAUUUUAAGAAAAGUUAAAUUGAACCUCCUAAUAUUUCAGGGUGUUAGUGAAUCGGAUUUGUUUUAAAUACACAAAUAAAUAAGAACAAAAGCUUUUAUUUUAAAACAAUAAUUAUUUUUCUUAUUAUCAUUACUAUUAUUAUUAUUAUUACUAUUAUUAUUAUUAUUAUUAUUAUUAUUAUUAUUAUUAUUAUUAUUAUUAUUAAUAUAGUAACUGAUUUUGAAGAUUGAGGCAAAAGUUACUUAUGUGUAAACUGAGGCGAAACUAUUAAUGUAUGAAAUAUAUAUUUUAAUCUUAAGAAAAAUCAAGUAUUGGUAAAGGUAAGACAUUUAUUUAAGUUUCUACAUAAAGCCUUUUUAACUCAUUGUAAUAGACAAAAUAUAAUUAUAGGUACACAAAUCCGAUUUAAACCUAUUUACAUUUAAAUAUGCUAUCUACUACAAAAAGGAAAUAUAAGAAUUAUCAAAAGUCGAUUGGGGCCAAUGAAAAUCUACAAAAAUCAGAAUUCAUACAUUCACCUCAAGAUGGAAGGAUACAAAUUUUUCAAAUAAUAAUUUGAAAUAAAAUAAUACGAAACUACCCAAUACACCUUACUACGUGUAGGGUAAUUAGUGACGUCAAAGUGUCAAAUUUAUAAACUUUGAACAAUUUAAAUUUUGCAUCGCACCACGAAACUUGUGUGAUUAGUACUAAUGUAAUAAUGUAUGAUAUUAUGUAAUCUUACGGUAGCGUUUAAAAUACACAUAUAUUUACUUAUGAUUUUCCUAUGUUACACAUCAAUUAUACACAUAAAAAAUAGCAGAACACAAUGUAUCAGAUCAUAAAUACAUCUGACAUAUUCUGUAAACGAAUAAAUUAUAAAAUCAAAAAUACAAAUUUCACUACUUGUAUUGUUGUAAUUUGUAAUGUUUAAUUUUAGUCAUAUUAUUACUACAUAUUUUAACAAAUAAAUUUUCAUGAUCUUUUGGAUUUGGAUACUUUUCAAGAUAAGGACUACAAUUUAAUAUUUCUGUAUUAAAUAAUUAUAAAACAUGAUAAUGAAUUUAAAAAAUUUUUUUUUUUUGAAGAGUAUUUUUUAUACAUAGUUUUUUUAUGGAAUUGACUGCGUUAAAAAUAGAUUAAUUGAACAAUACAUUAUUUGUAUAAAUUUUUUUUUUUGCAAAUCAGUUAUUCCAUUUACGGUGAAGAUGAGAAAGCUGUCAGUAUUUCACAUCCAUCAGUUCUUUGGUGUAAUACACAAUCUUAUUCUAAAUCAUCAUCAUCGUAAAGAUCGUAAAAAUC